AAGACGCAGGCAAACCAAAGCGGAAAGUUAUCUUAUUUCUUACAGACGGAGCACCCUCCGAUGAUAAAAAAGCAAUUUUCCAGACCAUAAGAGACAGGAAUCUGGAGCUUAACAACUCGGUAGUCAUUUUGACAUUUGGUUUCGGUGGUGUAGAUCAGGAAACAAUGAACAUUCUUCAAGAUAUUGCCCUGCAAAACACAGCCAAGUAUGGAGUCUUCUCUAACGCUUCAUUUGGAGACAUAACGGUAAAAUUUUUAAGUGUUCUGAUAUAAGAAUUCUGCGCUUUUUAUAUGUGGAAUAAGAACAAUAACUUUGAAAUACCAACUUGAAGUCAGUAUCUCCACAUUUCAAAAGCUGCAUUAAAAUUUCUAUCCCUAUGCAAAACUCGACGAAACGACGUUUGCUUUCUUUGAAGACAGUCUCUCUAGGACCAGAUUAAACAGGGUAGUUAUUGUUUCCUUUCUCUCUUAUAAUUAGAAGGGAAAAUACAUAGCUGUAGAAGACAUCAAAACCCUUAGAAGCAAAAUGGGCUUGUACUACAACUUCUUUGCAGCCGGAAAGCAGCUUGAUCGACCAGUGGCUUCUGUCCCAUAUGUUGAUGCUUUUGGACUAGGUUUGUGUUUUUCUGUUUACUGCGCGUAGGAAACUAUUCGUUUGAAAGACGCCGUUAGAUAUUCCAUUAAGCUCCACGCAGAGUUCAAAGAAGGCAUGAGUAUGAAACAUUGAGAGAAAAACUUACCUUAGGAAAAAGGGAGAGGUAAGGUUCAUGAGAUUUGGCGCUCCAGAAAAAAAAUAGCGAGAAAUACAAAACAGAAAAUUAUGUAGCCUGCGAGAUCGCCUUGUCCAUACGUGGAAAAGCGACAGAAAUUAUUAAAUGACUUCAAAGCAAAAAAAGAACCACGAAGUUUUCAAAGGUGUUGAAGAAUACAAAAAUCUGCAUCAAGAAACAUAGGGCUUAAAGACAAGCUUUGAAACUCGUUUGGUCCCAGUGCGUCCACAGCCUUCACAUCUCAGUCUUAUUUUAUUUGGAGUACAGUGACAGAGUCCUAGCGUGCAAAACCUUAAUUUCUUAUUAAUACUUCUUUUUUCCUAAUUUUAGGACUUGUAAUAUCAAUAACCCUUCCAUGUUAUCAUAAAGGAAUGUUUAUUGGUGUCGUAGGCACUGACAUUAGCAUGGAGGAUUUGGUAUCUGACAUCAAUUUAUUAAACGAAGGACAGAGUGCAUACGCUUUUAUGACCAGUAAAUCAGGGAGAACUAUUGUUCACCCUCUCCUCCCAGCUCCAACCGACGCGUAUGGAGACCCAGUGUAUUUGGAUAUUCGUGCAUUAGAGCCAGAAGCAGAGUUCAACGAUGUUUUUACCUCAAUGACAAAGUAUGUAGGUGUAUUAACUUGUAACAAUUUUUUACCUCUGCGCUGUGUUGUUGUACUGCUGGUGGCUGAGCCUACAAUGUAGGUAUAUUAGGAUUGUUAAAGAAUGAUAGAUUUAGAAGCAUAUCUAGCCACUUCAGGACGCAUAAAAUUUAAAGUUUUCCCACAGAAAACUGAUACCACUGGACUCCCUUAACAUGCUUUCUAUCAUAGAUUCAAAUUAACGCCACCACUCUCAAUCCUUCUCUGGAUCCGUGGGUUAUUCUGACACAAAUAAAAGAAAUUUUCACUGCAUUAGGUAUUUUAGAGGUGUCCACUAGUUAUAUUACAGCUUUACACUUUUCUCUUAGUGGCAGGUCUGGUUCAAAGACCUUUCUUGCCAAACGAUUUUUACCACGAGGGGGGGACGUCAAGGAAGGAGUGGAAGCCAGAGAAGUAAAUUCAACGUACACUUGGACUCAGGUAGAUGGUACCGAAUUUACACUUGGUGUAGUUGUACCAGUAGCCUACGCGAAGGAGAAACUUAAGGCUGUCACAAUUCCAGAAGGUUAGUUAGCUGGAGAGUAUUGCUGUGUAAUUUUCCUAAUAAUCAAACCUCCUUAUCAUGGACACAACCAGAAAUCAGAGGUGCCUUAAUGAUUAUGGAGGUGAAUCGACCUUGCUGUCUUUGCAGUCAAGAAGAAUCUCAGUAAUAGAGACGUCUGUCCCUAUGGAGCGGUUGGCUGAAUCAGUGAAAGCGCUUUUUCGUCUCGUCAAUACGCUGAGACUAGCCAAUUUAAUCUCGGAUACGCUUCGAAUUUAGUAAUUUUUGGACAAUUAAACACCAACAUUGCUUCACAACUGCCAACGUAGUCCGGCCCCGCAAUGAAACAGCUAAUGAAAGUUGUAGCAUGUGAGCUUUCACUACCCUUAAGAGCCGACAGCAGCAAUUGUUAAGACUAAAAUCACCUGCCAUUUGUUAUCAUUAAAUCCCAAAGGUUACAAGUUUCAGUAUCACCGGAUCGAUCUUCAGUCCUUUGAAAAGCCGUGCAGUCAUUUCGGAGUAAACGCAACAAAAGGUACUAUUUUCAAGUCAUAACAUACGCUAAAAACUUUCAAAUUCCUGCUGUUAAUAAAACCUGCAACAUGAAAGUGAAGAAAAAAAGACUGUGUUGAUCGAUUGUAAAAAAAAAAAUAAUAAUUUGAUCCUAUCCUCGUCUGGUGUUUCAACGAGCCAAAAAUUCGAGGACUUUCCAAGGAUUUUACCGAGGAUUUUACCAUUACCUUUUCGGAAAGAAAGGGGUACCUUGAAAUUUUUUAAAGGGACAAAGAGUUUUUCAGGCAUCAGUAUAACACUGGAAGAGUAUUUGUGUUAAGCUUUCUGGAGUAAUAUCAUUGCUAAAGACUCACCGGAAACUUAACAGUGAAUCCCCCCUUACUCACCCACAAACACCCUUUCAGAAAGUCUUAAGCCUUUAUAAUUUCCGCAUAUCCUUUACACUGACUAAAGAAUGAUAAUUCCACCUAACUAUAUAUAGGUAAAUGAAUUCUGUGUUUUUUACUAAUAGGUACCACGGUUGUAAAAUUUGCACCCGGAGCUUUCAAAGACAAUUACGAAUAUAUAGGUAAAAAAGAGAGUAGGGCAGAUUUGGAGUUGCUCAAUGCUUACAUGACUGACGAUACGGAGACGAUCAACAGUCCUGGUCUAGAACCGGGAAUAAGGGACACAGUGACCGCUACCUGGAAAGUGGAAGACAUUUGGUUGCGUGAAAAGACUGAGCUGACGCAAUAUUUGGUGUGGAGAUAUAUUGGAACAGCAGAUGGGGUUUUCAGGCAGAUGCCUGGUGCUGUAUCUCAGAAAAGUUACGAUCCCAGACAAAGACCCUGGUAAGUAGGAACUCUCCUCUUCAACCCCUUGAAUCAGGCUGUAACAUCAAAUAGGCCGCGUGAUACUGUUUUAUCAUCCAAAUUUUCGAAAGGCUAUCACUCCGUCUUCAACCAGAAUAGACAACUUCACGGGGUCAAGAUCUAAAUAACACUCAUCAUAUAGUCAGUGGUCUGCCUGCCUCCCGUAGAGGGAGGUAAUGUCGGAGUACUCCACCCUUGCGGUUCAGUUGUACUUUAUGACGCUUGCAAGGUAGUUGGGAAAAUGUUGUUCUUGUUUAUAAUAGGCCAAUUUGUGACCGCAAGUGAACACUGGAGCUUACGUUGAUUCAGCCCAGGCCUAUUAAGUCGCCCCGAUCUAAACCAGGGCUGGUUUAGGGUAGACGACGCUGACGCUCGGUUUGCAGGUGUCCUUUUCAACCUUUUUAUCAUCCUCUUAACUUCGGGGAACACCGCAGCACCUUUGGAGGAUUUUUUUUUCUGGGAUCCUGAGUUGGACCCGUGACUUAAAGCUUUUCUUGGCUGUGGAAUUUCGAAUCUCUGUAAUAACCCAUUCUGGUCCAUUCUGGGCAUCAAAGAGCAAAAGUGCUUCUCUUUUUCGAAGAUGAUGGUUUGCCGUUUUAACGAUAUCCAGUUUUCGUGCCCAGGGUGGCGUGAGGAAAACUGAUUAGUAGUGCCUGGGUGCGUACAGUUAUGUAGGGAUCAGUUGUUGAUCGUGCGGGAUUCAUUACUAUUUCCAGUGGUUGUUUUUUUUUUCCUGCUCGAUGGCGAAGCUGAAGCUGGCGUGCUUUUCAUUUAUUUGGUAGAAAAUCAUCUUUGUAUUUGUCUUGUUCACAACUCCUGUUCAUCUAUCCUUGCUCUAAGACUUCUCCAUGAAGAGUUCCACUAAUACUGGGUAGAGCGGGGAAACCCUGGCCAUACUUUAGGUUUGAUCAUUGACUCUAUUGCGCUGCUUGUAACUGUAACGUUGUGGCUUUGUAUAGAAACAAAACGGUUCUUUUAAACAUAAACAAACGAUAUUUUAAUCCAAUUAAGUCACUUCACUUAAAACUCCUGUACAAGAUCGCGAGCACGUGUAAACCUGGCAUUCUAUUGGAUAACAACUAACACGUGGCGUUACAGUAACGUACAGCCACGACCAGCCAUAUCAAUACCAUUUUAUCAGGGGUCAUUGGUGCACGUUCUGACCAAAUGGGAGUCAUUCUCUGUCUAAGUAAUCAAAAAGGUAAUGUUUUUGCUUGGGAGUCGCUGGUAAACUGGGUGGCGAUGUCAUAUGACGUCUAGAUAUCGCCAUUAUCGAGUUUACUCUUUCUAUUCGUGUCCACGAGGUUCAGUGUUGGAGGUGUUUAUUUUUCCUCAUCUUUCCCCACCCAAAGGUUCAGUAACGGUGGUGAGUGAUCCUAGGGAGAGCUGAUAUAUCUCUAUUUAAAUCGUCUCCCCUGAGACGACGGCAAGCAUCUUCAUAGUUUUAGGAGUUCUGUAGAGCCGCAGGUGGCGUCUGAAGUAGGGAAUCUCUUUAUUCUUGGCAGGUAUCUCUGGAUUAUGUUGUCCUUCAUUUCACUUGGCUUUCAGUCUGUUCUGUUCAGUCUGAACAGAUUGUUCGGAAUUGUAGGAGCGCAAGUGUUCUUAUGCGAAGUUGGCAGUUUCUGGCGUUCUGACACACGCACUCAUGCUUGUCCAAAACAACAAAGGCUUUCAAUUUGUCAGAAGAAAGAAUGAAAUGUCCUUAAUUGGGCGCUUGGAUAUUUCUGUCAUCUUUACUAAAACUGAACUUAGGGUGCUAAGAAUUGGAAAAUCAACGACCUGGUCUCAAAGAUAUCGCAUCCUAACUGCUCUAUGUUUUGACGCACGGCUUUUAUGGCACUGACGAUCGACAAUCUGUCGGCAUAAGUUUAAACCUUUUGAAGGACUUUUAUAUCACUGCUACUGAGUUUUUAUAAUAGUGCCCUCAUGCAGCGAAAAAAAGAAAAAGAAAAAAGCAUCUCACAUGAAGUUAAGGACCAAAGCGAGAACCAGCAACAAACUCAACAACCUUUGAGAUUCGAAGCCAGGCUAUUUUGAUAAGAGGCAUGUGCUGUCAGUUAUACAUGUACGUCACCAAACUAUUUUAUGGGUGCUGAUGACUAAGAAAAAAUAUUUUAUGUGUACAUGCCGUCUAUCCUUGGCCUAAUUGUUAUUUUCUUUAGUUUUUGGUUUGGUAAUGGUAAAAAUUAAAUUUAAACCAAGUUUAAAAUUUUUGUUAUUCAUGAUUUGGUUCACUUAGGUAUUAUUCGGCUUUGGGUAACACUGGCCUUCUCACUCUCACGACCCCAUAUUUGGACGCUGGCCAACCUAAUGGCAGAGGUGCUGGGGUGAUUAUAACUGUCGCCCGCUCCCUGUACCGAGGGGAGUCAAGUCACCAUCAUCACACAAAUGACGAGGUUCUUGGAGUUAUGGGAGCUGAUUUCUCACUGGCUUAUUUCUACAGGUUAGUCCAAGCUCAAACACAGCAAAAUCGAGGUGUCAUGGUAACACCAAAAAAGUGUAAAUUUUUGCAGCUGUGUGAACACCAAAUAGGUGUUCAGUUAACACUAGUGUCGUGUAUGUUUACACCAAAAUGGUGUAAAUAUGACCUACAUACGAUCCUGAAUGCGUUAAAAAACACCUUUGCAGUGUUACAGCAACACUGACUUGGUGUAUAUUUUCUGUAUAUUGGUGUUUAAUAACACCAAAAUUGGGUUAACGUAACCCAAUUUUGGUGUUAAAAUACACCAAAAAUAUGUCUCCUUUACACUGUUCUGGUGUUUUCGUUACACUAAAAAAGGGUAAUGAUGACACUGAAUGUAUGUAAAACCCAUUGCAGCUGUGUGCACACCAAAGUCAGGUAAAUUUACACAACUGGGAAUUUUACACCGUAUUAGUGUAAAUGAACACUUCCAAAUGUGUUAUAACACACCGUUUGAGUGCUGAGCCAACACUACUUGUAACACAUGGAGAAGUCUUAAAAGUAGACAAAGUAACAACUACGACAACAACCUGUAUAUUUACUUCCAUUUAAUUGCUUUACCCUGAUAGUAAUAAAAACUUCGUUCUCUUCAGAAUUCAGUAAAACAGCAUAAUUUUAAACAAGUGUUAAAAACUAAGAGGGCCGUACACCGUGGGUUUUUCUUUUCUUAGACUUUUUAGGGAGCUUAAAUACGACGACGACGGCGACGAAAAUGUUACGAAAAAAGCAAUAGAUUAGAUUACUAAAACAACAUCUUUGCUCGUGCAUCACGCAUUUUUGUUUAUUUCCUUGCCGUUGUUACACGACUACGACAUUUAACUACCUAAUUUCACCAGUUUUGGGGAGGAUGAGAACACACUCCAUGCGUGAGACAACGAUUUUCUCAUGCAACUUUUUUUAAAAAAUUCAAACUGAUAGUCCUUUACAGAACUGCAGAAGCCGGAGAGAUGAAAUUUGAAACAAUGUGGAUUUACUUUUUAAGAAACGUUGUUACCAUCGUCGUUCGGCUUAGCUAUUGCUGUGAAAGGCAGAUUACACAACAAGUCGUGCAGAUUUAAUUUUAGUUUACUUUAAUUACGAGCUUAGAACUGAUUCAGUUCAUUCAUGAGCUAUAAUACCUUAGUCGGUAUAGUUUAACAUUGUCCAUUCAAAACUUCUCGCUGGAGAGAAAUGAGUUUCUGCAUUCUUACGGAUAUUCUAUAUUACACACAAACUAUAUUAGAAGAAGAGUGACCAAGGCACUGGUAUGUCCUCCAUAAACCUUUAGAAGGAGAUUCCUUUCCCCACUCAUGGGUAUAUAUCAUCUGGGGCUUGCAGUUGCCCCUCAAAGAUGAUGAAGGGCGUCAUUCCCUCCUUGCUGUUCUGGGCAACUUUCUUUGCAUCAUCACCAUUCUAUAAAGAGGAAAAACAAGUCAAAAGAACACUUUCAACUACAGCAUGAUAAAAGGCAAUAAAUAUUGAAAUGGAAAGUUUUGUAUGUUCAUCCAAUUCUUCAGGUGGCCCAAAGCUAUUGGUAUGCACGUUACCAAAAAACGCGAUUCCAAAACAUACCCAGGAACGAAUUAAUUGAUUUCUAUGAUUUUUGGCAUCCUUAAUAAAGAAUAGUGCAAAUUUGAGAAAAUGUUGUUCAUUUUUGUGUAGGUUUAAGACUGUUCGAGAUAUCGGCUUAUAUUCAAAAGCGAAUUUUUACAAAAACUGUCAAAAAAAUCAUAGAAAUCGGUCGAAUCGUUCCUGCCGAAAAACGAAUUAGAAUUGCAGUAUACAAGCAUGAAAGGUUUUGCCUGAUUAAAGGAGGAAAUAAUGUUUGCCUCAUCCUCAACUUCUACUUGCGAGACUCCUUCAUGGAAUUGUUUCACUGCAACAGGCAUUUCUCGAUAAAAGGCAAAACCAGUGUAACUUUUCCCAACUUUCCUUCCCCAAGGGUUAUUAAGUUUUUGGAAUCACUGUCCAUAUUUACAUCAUCAGUUCCCGUGGAAUCUCUAGGAAUGAGUUUGUUACUGCCACAGCACUAUCUGAAGAAUUGAUUGACUUGUUUUAUAUUUAUGAAGUAAUCUUUCUUUUUCCCGUUCUGUUUGACACCACAGUUGGUGAAACUUCUCUUGAUUUUUUUUUUGUGGCAGAAGACAGUUUAUUUUUCUUCGGUUAUCUGUCUUUUCUUUUUUUUCUUGAACUAGCCUCUUCAUAGGCGUUUUUCUUUAUUUACCUUAUUUCAGGCCGUUUUCAUUUAUUUCGAGCUAGUCUCUGACGCCUUUUUGCCUCAUCAGAUCUUUUCCAACUACAAAAAAAUGCCGCAAAUAAUAAAAAUUUGUUCAAAGGGGGUGGAAGAAUAUUACUGUGAGUGUAUUUCCUUUUUCUUAGUCUUUCUUCCGUCCUUUCUUUCUUUUUUGUUUUUCUAUCCGUCUUAAGUUUUUCUGAUAAUUUUAACUAUAAUUGUUACCAGCUGUCAAUUCAUCAUGUUCCAAGUAAUGAGCGGGCUGGCCUCUCAACUUUGGAGCUAGUUAAAAGCGGAAAAUCCAACUUUACAUAGCUAUGGAAACCCACAACAUGAUGAACUGAAAGAUAAAGGUAAGUUGUUUGGGAAGAUAUAUAAUUGAGAAUCUUUUUAUACAGACAUAUUUUAAUAAUAUAAGUUUUGCAGCUUCGAUUAUUACGUCACUGAACAGAACUUUACAGUUUUAGAUCUCAGGCAUUUUCAUCGAAAAAUACUGUAUUGAAGAAUCAUUGGUAAAAUAGAGAGGAUGGCUGAAAAUAAUAUUUUUCAUCACGAGUAUCUCUAUGAUUGAAAUUGUUUAUACGUUUUUUUACAUUGUAUAUGGAUAGCAAACAUUGGCAAAUUGUGUCGCUUUAACAUGAGAUAGGUAAUAAUACAACAAUAACAAUUUAUUAUUUAUUAGGGGCAAAAUAGCAUUCAUAUGAUCUAAAGCGCACAAUAAUGUAUAAAAUGUAUUUAGAAUUUGCUUACUAAUCCACAACCUCGUUCCCAGAAUUCUCUCCUACCCGCUCCGUAUAGGUUGACUAAUGCAUUGUAACUGUAAAUAGGUUCUCACCUCUUUUUAUCAACUGUUGGGGCGCUAGAUGCCUCGCUAACUGUUUCAGCAUUAAUUAACUGCUUCAUGUAUAGGUCGCACUUCGGUAGACACCUCGUGAAUUAUCCGAACUUCCUUGCUUUUCGUAUCUUGUAAAGAAGCUUAGCGAGAACGCUAACGGGGGGCACGAGGGUCUUCAAGGUCUCCUCAUUCAUGCACAACAGUGCUUCACCAUCAACCUGUUCAGCUUUGGGAGAUAAAAAGUAAAGAGUUAAAAAGGAAAAUUAAAGUUUUUAAAGCUAAACUUUCAGGCCUUAACAUAAUUCGAAGUAAAAACGUCAACGUGUUCCGUUAUUUCGCGCCAAAAGUGCAUUUUCAGUUGGGAACUUUUGUUAGAUGGGUGAAUCAAAAGAAAGAUGAAUCAGAGCACCGUUUCACGAAUUGUCUGUUGGUGGCACAGUAUAAGAGAUUUUCUUUUCUUUUAAAAGCAUAACACAUUAUUUAGGACAGGUUAUUUCCUUACCAUAAAAAUGAUCGGCAAAUGCCUGAAAUCCUUCCUUCUUCAUCCAUUCUUGAAACAUCUUCGCAAGGAAAAAUAAGUGAAGCCGGCUAGGUUUUACCCUUAAAACAGACAGACUAAAUAAUUUAACUCUUUCGUGCAGAAUCUACAGACAGUGAAGUGAACAGCUACUGCUUCGGUGUGCGUGAAUAUAAUUAUGAACGGGCACGCAACGUUGAACAAGACACGAAACCUUUCCGCUUUUCUCUGAUUGGACAAAACAAAACUUGAUAAGGUACCGUCUUGAAAGGAAUGUUCACAAUGCAAUCAAAGGGAUUAAUGAAACCGUGAGAACGUUUUAGGACUGAGCUGUGAUUGGUCGUAUCCGCAUACACAAAACAAUCCGAUGUUGUUUUGCUUCCCGACGUUGAUAGACGCGUUUCAAUAUAACUUAUAAGAUCACUUUCGAGAGCCUCACGCAGCAUACAAAUGACUGGUGUAACGCAAAUGCGAUGUUUUCGUGAUGUUUCGAAGGUUAACUUACUUAUAAGACAAAUGCCUUCUUUUUAGAAUAUUUUAAAUUUGCACAAUUAUCUUUGUUUUCACCGCGUAUAAACACUGAAAGCAGGUGCUUUCAAUUAGUCACGGAAAGCACGUGGGGCCCCGGUAGUAGAUGCUCGUGUGUUUGCGUGUGCGUUUAUAUUUUAGGGUUCUGUGCCCUUAAUAAAGUACGUGAGGUUGGUUGUCAUAUUGAGAUCCGUCAAUUUUUGAAGAAGAGGAAAUUUCAACAUCCUUAAUAAAGGAUUCACAUAACUUUUAGCACCAAGUAGUAUAACUACAUUCAUGCUGAAGCACUGCCACACAUCUCAUAUUUUUUGAAAAGCAAUAGACCUAUUCGGCUAAUUCACGUGAGCGGGGUGUUUAUUUUAAACAUUUCUGACCUGGGAUAUGCAACUGAUAAUUUCAGAUUAAACUCCUUGUUAGUGUUUUGAUACACGAUUUGGUGUAAAAUAACACACCAGUUGUGUUAAGUACUUGCAAUAUUUCUGAAACACAGACGUAGUGUAACUUUACACCGCCAACGUGUGUCACAUUUCUUUAUUACACCAUUUUAGUGUUUUCAUACACUGAAUUGGUGUAUCUUUUAAGAAACACUCGGCAAGUGUUAUGAUAACACUAAUUCAGUGUUAAUGUAUAUUACCCUUGGUGUUAAUUUACAACCUCGAAUUUGCUGUGUGCACAAGCUCAUUGCAUUUAGGUAAUGUCCAUUUUUGUCGUGCUGUUUGGCCAAAAACUGAAAUAAUUAAAUAAUUUAGUACAUUUUUUUUAUUUUAAAACUUUAAAACUAAAACACACCCCUCUUCUUAAAGAAAAAAGUAGUUUCGAAAACGGCUGGACACGGACACAACAAAAUAACAAAUUAGGCUUCCUAUUAUUAGGCGGAUAUUAGAUAAAUAUUUACAUCUAUCAAUUUUUAUGACAUCUUCAUGCAGUUUAAUGGUUUAGUUAAUUGUUAUUUGCCUCAGAAUUUUGGAUGUUUGUAGUUUUCCGCAGCUACUGACUAAACAUUUGAUUUUUUAGAUUGAUCACUAAAGUGUAUCCAAAGUGUAGAGAACGAAAAUUCUAUUCUUGCUUCGUUAUGGACAGCGCUGGAUUCCUUAUCAUGCACGAGGACUUCCUUGCACAUUCCGAAAUUGCCCAAGACUUGGAAUAUGUUCACAUUACUAAUAAAGAAAAGAAUAUCGCGGAACAUCUCAUUACAAAUGGCUACUUGAAAAAACGGGAAUGCCGUAAUCUUAAAGAAAUCCAGAAGCAGAGUUUUUAUGAAGUUGAUUUGCCAUAUGGUGGAGUUGACGUCCUGAAGAGUGGAGACAGCUGCAGUAAAUACCAACUCAACAAGAUUGUUGGAACUAAUGCUUACCUAGGUUUGUAAGUGAUUUUGUAGUCUGUGUGUGAUGGUGCUUGCAUGCUGACGGUGGCUAGGAUAUCUCGAUCUAGCUUUUAAACCAGUCAGAAAUAAAAGCAAGCCCAAAGGGGAUAAGUAGACUUUCUUUAAAGUCCUUUAAUUUUUUUUCCUGUUCGACCUUGCGACCUCGUCGCACGCUCGGUCGCUGCACGACCUUGUUGAAGCUCGCUUCGCUCGCUAAAAACCUUAUCAGAGGUCGACUUGUGGCAAGUCUAAGGGAUAAGUUAAGGUACUACACGUUUUUCAGAGCUAAUUAACAGAUAUACUUGAAUAGGACUUUUGCAAUAGUUAGUCACGUGAUAAAUUUUCCGUAAAUCGUGAAAACAGUUCGCUUUUGAAAACUUUUGUUAGUAGUAACUAAAAAAGGAUAUUAAAAUUAAAUAACCUGUGAAUUUUCAGUCGUAUAUCUCAAAAGGAGAAUUUGUAUGAGAAAAAUAACUAUUGCCACCCAGUAACGCGUGAAUGGUGUUCUAUACAAAUCCUUGUAAAUUUCGACAUUUUUAAACUGUCGUCAAAUCUUUCCCUUACGCAUUGCCUCGAAUUAGUAAAAAGAAUAUUUGAGCCUCAUAAUGCUUAAGGAAAUAUUUUUUCUACAGUUUGAAAAUUUCCAAAUUUACAAGGGUUUGUAUGGAAAACCACUUAAACGUGACUGGGUGGCAAGGGUUGAUUUUCCCAUACAAAUCCUUCUAAUUAUCGGCGGCCCUUGCGAUCGCUACUUUUGAGAUAUACGACAGAAAAUUUACAGUUUACCUUAUUUUAAUAUGCUUUUUCAGUUCCUGCUAACGAAACGUUCUGAAAGCAAACUGUUUUUGUGUUUACAAAAAGUUGAUCACGUGAUCAAGUAAUGCAAAGGGCCUAUUGCUCCGGGGUCCGUAAGUUUACCUUGAAUUGAUUGCUUGUGCAACAUUAUGUACUUGAAAGGCCGCGGUGGCAAGCAAGAGAGUCUUGGUUUUGAUGAGUAGGUUGAGUAUGAUCAUCUGGGUGAACGUAGUCCUGAAUCCUGAAUCGGACUGUUGUUGACAGUGACGGACUAUAUUUGGUACCAACACACCCCUCUCGUUUGCUAUAUACAAACAUAGGUUCAAAAGUUGGCUUUGAGGGCAAUCACUCCUGCAACUGGGAUUUUUGUAGUUUUCCAUUACUGCGAUGUAGAACUAGUCAGAUGCCAGGACAAUUGCAAUUUUUUUUAGACAUUGCCCUUAAGGAGGCAGCAAGAGUCUAUUGUAGUUUCCCAUCUUAACAUGCCGACGUAAAGCGACAGAGGUAGCGGGGGAAAAGUGAUCAAAUCAAAUUGUACUGUCCUAAGUACCAAAAGAUUGGAAAUUGUUUCCCACUCAACUGUACAGACUUAUUUUUUUUGCAGGAGUCGCUUUGCGGGAUUCAAUUUGCGCUGCUGAAUCAUGUACCUGUUCUUCAGAAAACGAGUGUUUCCGUCCGUCCACAAAGUGUGAAUGUCCUUGUACCUCUCCGCUCGAAUUUGAAUAUUGCCAAAGUCAGUUCCCAAACAGCAGGUGAGUUUGACUCCCGAGCAGACCACUAAUGCAUUACUACAUAUUUUAAGUUCAAAUGUAACAAACAAUUAUACACAACAACAUACAUACAUUGCAUGCAAAAUGGGCUCAGCUGUAUUAUUUUGUAAAAGUUACGACUAAUUUUACUGAAAGUACGAACACUUUAACAGGGGCCACUUAAACAAAACUUUGUGAAGCAUAGAUUUGUUUUUACGUCUGUUCAGUUACCUUUGUUGCCAUCUUAUUGCCUUUCAGUCUUCUGAUCUGCCCAGCUCUAGCUCCUAAGUCACAGCAAACAAGCAAUCCCAGCCUACCCCACUCUGGAAAGAAGUGUCAUGACUCUCAACUAUCGUUAGACAAAUGCUUUGAUCCUCGCUGCAGUGAGAGAAACAGCUCUCAGACGUGCGAGGGAAUUGUCAGUUGUUACUGGUGUGUGUACAAUAAAGACAACGUCCCCUUAAAGAAGCCGUAUUGUGCAAAUGCCGAUGUCUGUUUUAGAGGGAAAGAAGGUUAGAGGAUACUUAGUCCUUUUCCGAUACUUUGAACACUUAAAGAAUAACCACAUAACUAUGUGAAUGAAAUCUUAGAAAAAAUAGGAAUCACCUUCGCACCAAACGUCUGCAUGCUUACCUGUUUUACCUGAUUCAUUGAAAAACAACAACACACGGCUCAACGCAGUUAAAGUAUUCAAUACUUUUAUCCGUAAUAUUUAUGUCUUGGAUGGUUUAGGCAAGCCAUGCUGGAGACUAAUGGGCAAUUAUGAAUCAGGCAGAGAAGCAAUAUGCGCUUCAUUUUGCCCGCUUGCAGGUGCAGGCAUAAAAUUAAAAAUAAGAAUAAACAUCGCCACGACCACCUCCUAUUUUUUUUCUCUUUGGAAGAUAUAAUCUUAAUUGACCUUAUUAACUUUCUCCUAUUUUAUAACAGCCCAAGUUCUGCCACUCUGUGUCGGUCCUACCAAGUCAAAAAAGGAAAGUAUAGUUCCAAGAGGGAAUUGGUUUAGCAAGAAUAAUGCUGGUGCGUUGGCCGGGUUAACUAUUGGUGGUGUUGUCAUUAUAGUAGCACUUUUUGGUUUGGUAAGUACUAACAGUCCCUUCGAGUCUUUGUAGUGAUUCACAUCUUAAUUGAGGGAAUCUCAGAGUUGGUUUCCCUCGUCGAAAAAUUUUCACUCAAAACCGAUCACUGAUGUUCUAUCUGCAGAGGAAAUUGGCUCAUAAAGAAAACACAAACAGCGGUGAUAAACAUUGUGCGUUUUCGUAUUUUUAUAAACUUGACGUUUCGUAUGCUAUUCACCAUACAUUUUCAAAAGUGAUCUUAAGUGACCGUUAAAGAAAAUGAGAAGAAUAUAUGUUAAAAAUUACAAAUUGGUUCAUACUGCGCACAUUGUUCAAAAGGGUCAAGUUCCUUAGAAUGUCACAAUUAACGAUCCCUUGGGUAAUGAACUGAUGACUUGAUGAUUGCAAAAUGUAAUGAUAAAUGGUGAGGGUUAGGUAAAGGUGAAUGCACAUGGAAGCCCGGAGGCUCACAUAACCGGAGCUUAAUACCCUGUUUUUAGUCUCACUUGCGUAAGCAGCGAGACUCAUAUGCCGCAACGUGCUUUUCGUCGUAUUUAGAACAUAAAAAGGGGAGUCAUUGUGCCAGGCGUUCCUUGCGGAGACUGUGGAAACUGGGAUUAAGAAUCGUUGCGUGUUCACGAAGCCACGCAUGUUUUGCAAAGAAAGCUUAGGAAAGAUUAAAUUUAGAGCUUUUCCGAAACGUGUCGGUCCACGAAUUCUAUCGGUUAAAAGCGUUUAUUACUUUGGAACAAGUGGACACUACUAAGUGGUCAAAAUAUAAAGCAAGAAUCUUUUAGCAAAACUGCGAUGGUCGGGUGUUAUAAACUUUCAUCGUAUGCAAAUAGAUCUUGUGAUGAGCAUGCGGUUUAUGUUCGGCGAUGAUUGAAGUGACGUGCCAUGCAAAUCACUUUUUGAUCUCUGGCAAUGAUGAAAUUUCUCUGGAAUCGAGGCCCUUGAAUUUUCACGCGUAUAGCCUGCGACCACGGGCGUUUUUCCGGUCGUCGCUAACACGCCUACUAAAUCAAUUCAGAAACAAAUAAAAAGUAUCCACGUCGAUAAAGUGGGAAGUAAAAAACCUUUAGCGAGUAAAUCCUGUUUCAUGUAGAAUUAAUCGCCUCCUCUUUUUUCGAUCUAAUCUCCAAGCAAGCGCGACUGAAGGCCGCUGUGAGAGCGUUCUUCUUUAAGCAUAAAACACACCGGAGUAUAAAUACUCCAUUCGUUGAUGAGAUCUUGGUCCCUUGCAAGAUUACCUCAAACGAGUAUGUCCUAGUACACUUGUUUUACACCUGAGUGGAGAGAGACAUAGGAAUAGUCUCGUGUCUAAGGAGUUACAACGCUAUGGCAAGGCUUUAACGGGUCUACAGAUCCCAUUAUAAUCGUUUGAGAUGGCAUAAAAUUGAUAUAAAAUUUCCGUUUCAAUACAUUUUUUAAGGGAUCAUCAGCAUCAAGUAUACUUAACAGUCUAGGGCUACAACGGUACACCGAUAUAAGAUUUUGAAUAUGCGCAUGCGUACUUAUUUGUCACUUGUCAGCUAAGCAGUCCUGUGCGCCCACGAACAAAACUCACAUGGUACAUAGCACUCUCAUUGCUGUUUGUUCGUUUCUUCGAUAAUUUCUGUUUAUUCUUUCAUUCUUUUAUGCUUUAAAGGCGAUGUGGCAAAGAAGACACAGAGUAGAGAAAAGAAGCCCUUCCAGAGAGGAUAUCAUUGAUGCUCAAAAUGAAGACCUCCGUAAGCGUCCUCGCGCACCAACUCCUAUUUUAACAGCGGUAUAUGAAAAUCCCGAUGUUCUAGAAAGUUCUGAAGAAGUUUCUGUAGUUCCAUCAAGUGAUAACGAUGCAAUGAUUUCCAUGCCGGAGGAACGUUCACCCCAUCCCUCUGACAGCAGGUCAGCACUUGACCCAAGUGAAAGUUCAGCAUCUCCGGACCAGUUGCAUCCAGAACGAAAUUUGACUGUGAGGAAAAAUCCAAGAGCCAAAUCACAAGAGUUUUCAAACGCUAUAGAGCCAGACACCAGGGAAGCCCAGAAAAUAGAGAAGCCCUUCGGUCAGGCCUCAAAUCCGCGUUUCAGGAAAGCAACUGUUACACACCCACUGCAAACGUUACAGCCAAGAAACACGUUGGACGAUACCCCUUUGCAACAAAACAAUAUUACAUUAACUAAUGACAAAGAAUCGUUUGAACUUCCUGGAAACCAAGGGCAGUCUGUUUUGAUAACUUCUUUUGAUGACGUAGAACCAAAGUAUUUAAAUAGUAACAGGCCAGAAUACAGUAAUAUACCUCCUCCUGUUCCAGAACAACGGAACGAUUCUGGUGCAUAUGUCUCACCAUUGACAUUACAAUCCUUUGGAAACACUGAUGAACAUGGCUACUUGGUAUGCUUCCUCUAA